AUGUACUUUGAAGUCUCUGCGUUGCAGGUGUGCGAUGACCACCGGAUCAGUGGUGUAGCCGUCUGGUUGACUCCUGGCCUGCCGCAGUGUCUUUUCACCUUGGUCAUAUGGUUCUGGUAUAUCUGGAUCUACUCCUCAGUGGUUGUAAUGAGAAGAGAUCCCGGACGAGCCCCCACAGACUCCAAGAUGGGUUUUGGCAUUGCUGUGUCAGGUGGGCGUGACAACCCAAACGUGGACAACGGUGAGACAUCAAUCAUUGUGUCAGACGUGCUGCAGGGAGGACCAGCAGAUGGAUUACUCUUUGAGAAUGACCGUGUUAUUCAGGUCAACUCCACCCCCAUGGACAAUGUGCCUCAUUCCUUUGCUGUGCAGUCUCUCCGUAAAUGUGGAAAAGUGGCCAAAAUAACGGUGAAGAGACCUCGUAAGGUGGCAGUCCACUCACUUAAGCCCCCCUCCCCCGGGGGAGACAGUCGGGAUUACGCCCCUUCCACCCAGUAUUAUGAUACUGAUAAUGACAAUGGCUGGUACCGAAAUGAAGGCCGGGACCACACCUCUGAAAGCAAAGGAUACCCGGACCCUGAGUACAGGGGAGGACGGGACUACAACCUGAGAGGAAGGAGCCGUGGAAGGAGUCAGGAGAGAAACUCGCCUAGCCCAGACAGAUCCAGGAGGGAUGGUAGCCGAGGCCGAGCCCUGGACACCAGUGCUGACCAUCAAAGGUACCACAGCCGAGGACGCAGCCCCGGGGACAGCUACCGCAUGGAGGUCAAGUAUGAGCGAGGAGAAGGAGGAGGAGGAAGAGGAGGGAGACAUAGGAGCAGGGACCAGCUUAAUGACCCUCCAUCCCCAGAACCUUCUAGGGAGCUGGAGCCACUAGAGAAACCUGUCAACGUCCUGCUAGUGAAGAACAGACCGAGUGAAGAGUAUGGUCUGCGUCUGGGGAGUCAGAUCUUCAUCAAACAGAUGACCAGCACAGGCCUGGCUGCCAAAGACGGGAACUUGCAAGAGGGAGACAUCAUUCUCAAGGUGCACACACAUUUCUUCACAGUGCAGUCACACAAUCACAUCGAUCACAGUCCUCCAGCUCUGUGGACGGUGAAGAGACCUCGUAAGGUGGCAGUCCACUCACUUAAGCCCCCCUCCCCCGGGGGAGACAGUCGGGAUUACGCCCCUUCCACCCAGUAUUAUGAUACUGAUAAUGACAAUGGCUGGUACCGAAAUGAAGGCCGGGACCACACCUCUGAAAGCAAAGGAUACCCGGACCCUGAGUACAGGGGAGGACGGGACUACAACCUGAGAGGAAGGAGCCGUGGAAGGAGUCAGGAGAGAAACUCGCCUAGCCCAGACAGAUCCAGGAGGGAUGGUAGCCGAGGCCGAGCCCUGGACACCAGUGCUGACCAUCAAAGGUACCACAGCCGAGGACGCAGCCCCGGGGACAGCUACCGCAUGGAGGUCAAGUAUGAGCGAGGAGAAGGAGGAGGAGGAAGAGGAGGGAGACAUAGGAGCAGGGACCAGCUUAAUGACCCUCCAUCCCCAGAACCUUCUAGGGAGCUGGAGCCACUAGAGAAACCUGUCAACGUCCUGCUAGUGAAGAACAGACCGAGUGAAGAGUAUGGUCUGCGUCUGGGGAGUCAGAUCUUCAUCAAACAGAUGACCAGCACAGGCCUGGCUGCCAAAGACGGGAACUUGCAAGAGGGAGACAUCAUUCUCAAGCAAAUAAUAAUCUCUUUUCUAAGAUAUGCAGAUUUAGAAAAGUCAUUAAAUAAACAAAUCAAAUUCAAUUCAAUUUCAAUUAAUCUCAUUGUUUGUUGUUUUCACUUUCUCUGUCAGACGGUGAAGAGACCUCGUAAGGUGGCAGUCCACUCACUUAAGCCCCCCUCCCCCGGGGGAGACAGUCGGGAUUACGCCCCUUCCACCCAGUAUUAUGAUACUGAUAAUGACAAUGGCUGGUACCGAAAUGAAGGCCGGGACCACACCUCUGAAAGCAAAGGAUACCCGGACCCUGAGUACAGGGGAGGACGGGACUACAACCUGAGAGGAAGGAGCCGUGGAAGGAGUCAGGAGAGAAACUCGCCUAGCCCAGACAGAUCCAGGAGGGAUGGUAGCCGAGGCCGAGCCCUGGACACCAGUGCUGACCAUCAAAGGUACCACAGCCGAGGACGCAGCCCCGGGGACAGCUACCGCAUGGAGGUCAAGUAUGAGCGAGGAGAAGGAGGAGGAGGAAGAGGAGGGAGACAUAGGAGCAGGGACCAGCUUAAUGACCCUCCAUCCCCAGAACCUUCUAGGGAGCUGGAGCCACUAGAGAAACCUGUCAACGUCCUGCUAGUGAAGAACAGACCGAGUGAAGAGUAUGGUCUGCGUCUGGGGAGUCAGAUCUUCAUCAAACAGAUGACCAGCACAGGCCUGGCUGCCAAAGACGGGAACUUGCAAGAGGGAGACAUCAUUCUCAAGAUCAAUGGGACAGUGACAGAGAACCUCUCGCUGCAUGAUGCUGGGAAGCUGAUAGAGAAGUCAAGAGGGAAGCUGCAACUGGUGGUCCAGAGAGACCACCGCCAGAUCCUUGUCCGUAUCCCCCCCCUCGCAGACUCUGACUCUGAUAAUGACGACAUAUCAGAGAUGGAGUCAUACCAUUCCUAUUCUCCCCCAGAGGAGAGGAGGUCUCGCCAGUCUGACCUGUCCUCCCACUCUUCUAAUGAAAGAGACAGCCACAGGUGUGUGUGUAUGCUUAACAGAGAAGACCUAAUGAGGUCUGCCAUGAUGUCAGCCAUGGCCUCUCCGUUCAGAGUACCUGAAGAUCCUCAGGCCUCAGCUCAGCUGCACAAAGAUACAGUGCACAUUGAGGAGCCCCCAGUCGCUGUAACGACAACGCCCAAGAUUCUCCUCCGACCAAGUGCAGAAGAUGAAAAAAUAUACGGGCAAAACACAGUGAUGGUGAACUUCCAGAAGGGAGACAGUGUUGGGCUGAGGCUGGCAGGAGGAAAUGAUGUUGGCAUCUUCAUUGCUAGUGUUCAAGAGGGCAGUCCUGCUGAGGAGGAGGGUCUGCGCAUCGGAGACCAAAUCCUAAAGGUGAACAAUGUUGAUUUUCAAGGUGUAGUAAGAGAGGAAGCAGUGCUCUUCUUGUUGGAGAUUCCUAAAGGUGAAGUGGUCACCAUCCUGGCCCAGAGCAGACCUGAUGUCUAUAAUGAUAUCCUGGUGUCGGGGCGUGGAGACUCCUUCUUUAUCCGGACCCACUUUGAGUAUGAGAAAGAGACUCCUCAGAGCCUGGCCUUCACCCGGGGGGACAUCUUCAAAGUGGUGGACACCCUCUAUGAUGGCAAGCUCGGCAACUGGCUGGCAAUCCGUGUUGGCAAGGACAAUCAACUACUGGAGAAGGGCAUCAUCCCCAACAAGAGCCGAGCGGAGCAGAUGGCCAGUGUCCAGAGCUCCCAUAAACCUGUUCCAGGUGAUCGAGCUGACUUCUGGCGGUUGCGAGCCCAACGUUCUUUGAAGAGGAAGGACCUGAGGAAGAGCAGAGAAAACCUGAGCAGUCAGACUCUGGCCACCCACUUUCCAGCAUAUGAACGAGUGGUGCUCCGAGAAGCUGGUUUCCGGCGUCCUGUGGUACUGUUCGGCUCCAUCGCUGAUGCUGCUAAUGAGAAACUGGCCUCUGAGAUACCCGACCUGUUUGUUAUUGCCAAAACCGAGCCGAAAGACGCUGGUUCUGAGAAGUCCUCAGGAGUGGUCCGAUUGAACACCAUCCGACAAAUCAUUGAGCAGGACAAACACGCCCUGCUGGAUGUGACACCCAAAGCAGUGGACACCCUGAACUACACCCAGUGGUACCCAAUUGUCAUCUUCUUCAACCCAGACAGCAAGCACGGCAUCAAGGCCAUGAGACAGAGGAUUGUCCCCAACUCCAACCGUAGCGCCCGCAAACUCUACGAACAGGCCGUCAAAUUGAGGAAGACCUGGUCUCACUUAUUCACUGCCACCAUUGAUCUGAACUCAGCCAACGAUGCCUGGUAUGGCAGCGUCAAAGACUCCAUCAGAGAGCAGCAGAUGCAGGCUGUCUGGGUUUCUGAUGGCAAGCUGGAGGGAGUAGAGAGUGAUCUGGACUGCCAGGAUGUGGAGCGUUUGUCCUUCCUGUCCGCUGACUACCUCAGUAUGGACAGCCGGCUGACCUCAGACCUGGAUGACACAGCAGAUGAGGCUGGGACCUACACCGACAAUGAGCCAGAUGUGGAGAUGAUGCACAUCUCUGCCAUCAGCCGCUCAUCUGAACCCGUCACAGCUGAGGAGAUCUUGCGCAGGUACAGUCCAGACAUCAGGAGUCGCAUGAGGAAAAUCAGCAGCCGGGAAGUCCUGAACAGGUGCAGCCCUCCACCCGUCUUCUUACCAGAAAACAAGGUGAAACUAUCUCUGAGGGAUGACCCGGUCCUCAUGUCAGGCUCCACCAGUCCACACCAUCACCACAGUCAACACCACCCUCCACCUCCCAGCUCCAGCCGAAGUUAUGAUUCUCCCUCUAGCAGCAGCCCCGCCAGUAGCAACAAUGAUCCUCCACCACCCAUCUCUCGUUCAGCUGUGUCCUCCAGCCCGCUGCCCCCACCUCCGGCUCACCAACUCAACUACUGCGGCAAACUGUGGCCCCUUGGAGCGCCCCAACCCCCCCCUGUGGCCAAGGCCAGCAACUUCAGGAGCACAGCUGAGGCCACAGUUCAUUCACCUGUGGCUCUGCCAAGUGUGACCAUGGCGGAAUGUAGGCAGCAGAAGGAGACGGCAGAGGACAGCCCUGUGGAUGAUCCAUCCAUGAAGUCCUUCUUGGGGAAGAUCAAGGCCUUUGAGAAAAUGGAUCACUUCGCCCGAGCGCAAAGGAUGCUGGACGUGCAGGAGGCACAGAAUGCCAGGCGUCAAAUCAGAACAGAAGUCAGACCCAACAAUUGCAGUGAAACGUAUUUCUGUGAGCUCUUACUAUACAUUCUUAAUUGAACUAAAUAAUAAUAC